AUGCUAUCGUCAAGCAACGUGAUGCGAACUGGCAUCCUCCGAACAGGAAGACUAGCCACGCGAAACACGGCACUUCUCGCACGUUCAGCAACAGCUCAGAUUCAAACGACCCGUCGAAACUUUUCUUCCAGUCAACGAACACUCUGCCCAAGCUGUGCAACUUCAGGAGGACAAUCAUGCGCCCGGCAUAACCCUAACAGUCGCGCUAGCGCCGGAAACAUCACAACAAGCUUCAGUGCUAACAGUAGCCUCGGCAAGACUGCCGCUUACGCUACAGCUACUAGCCCCAUCAUUCCUAACGAACAGUGGGCGCAGGUUUUGGAAGAACGAGGUGGAGCUGUCCAAUAUAAAAAGAUCCCUGUUCCGACACCAGGCUCAGAUGAGGUUCUGAUCAAUGUCAAGUAUAGUGGAGUCUGUCACACAGACCUUCACGCCGUCAAUGGCGACUGGCCACUUGAAUCGAAGAUACCCCUUGUUGGCGGUCACGAAGGUGCCGGUAUCGUAGUAGCACGAGGAGAGCUCGUCAAGGAUGUUGAAAUCGGUGACCAUGUUGGCCUGAAGUGGCUUCACGGCUCCUGCAUGAGCUGCGAGCAGUGUCGACAGUCCAACGAAUCACUUUGCUCAGAAGCUUCCCUCUCGGGAUACACAGUCGAUGGCUCAUUCCAGCAAUAUGCUGUUGGAAAGGCCGCUCAUGUCGCGCGAAUUCCUAAAGAUUGCGACCUCGCCGGCGUAGCACCUAUUCUGUGUGCUGGACUUACAGUCUACAAAGCUCUCAAGUCCUCCGGCGUUCGACCAGGACAAAGUGUCGUUAUUGCUGGCGCUGGAGGCGGUCUUGGCACUUUCGCUAUUCAAUAUGCCAAGGCUAUGGGUCUGCGGGUGACCGCUCUUGACGGUGGAGACGAGAAGCGCAAGGUCUGCACUGAGCUCGGUGCUGAUGUAUUCGUUGACUUCAAGACAUCGACGGAUAUCGUUGGAGAGAUCAAGAACGCUACAGGUGGCCUUGGCCCUGAUGCUGUUCUGCUUCUUGCAGCCCGUGAGAAGCCAUUUCAACAAGCUAGUCAGUAUGUCAAGAGCAAGGGCACUAUUGUCUGUGUUGGCUUGCCAGCCAAUGCUUUCGUCAAGGCUCCUGUUUUCGACACAGUCGUCCGUGAAAUCAACAUCAAGGGCAGCUAUGUCGGUAACCGACAAGACACGGCUGAAGCCAUUGAGUUUUAUAGACAAGGCCUCAUCAAGGCACCAUACAAGAUUGUCGGCUUAUCACAACUUCAGAAGGUCUAUGAUAUGAUGAUUGCAGGCAACGUUGCUGGCCGUUAUGUGGUGGACACCAGCAGAUGA